GUUUUUUCGGGGGCGCUCACUUUGAGCCGUCGUGUCGAUAGCGCCAUGGCAUGCCCAAGCUGCGGCUGGAGCGAGCUGGGGAUGCCGUCCUGCAAGGACUUGAUGUACCGGGCCCUGGACAGGCACGAGACGGAGAUGUCGGAGCUGGCGGCGCGCUGUGAGGCCCUGCGCUUGGAGAACGAACGGCGGGCGGACGCGCCGCAGGCGCCGCGCUUCGCGCCCAGCGAGCGGGACCCGAUCGAGGAGGGAGACACCAGCGAGGAGGCACCGGUGGACCCAAAGGAGAGCGAGGCCCCGCCACCUUUCCUUAGCUCCUUGCAACACAUAUGGAGCAGUCAAGAGAAGCCACAGCUCCGCAAGCAACCGAGCAGCGGCUUGGGCCUGAAGCGGGUGCUGCAGGAGGGCGUCCCCAGGAUCUCCUUGCUCUCCGGGGCGAGUGGGCUGAAUGCCGCCAGCAAUCAGAAGCUUGUGGCCUGCAUUAUGGACUGGAGCAGCUGGUGGUACUCCUUGGAGGAGCCGCCGCGCAGCGGCUGGGCCUUCCGCCUGGAGCAGAGCCGUUGCUUUCAGCACGCCUCCAUGGGGGUCAUCUUGGCCAACGCCAUCUGGAUCACCUGGCUGACGGACUGGAGCCUUCAGCACCCGCACGCAGGCGUGCCGGAUGAAUACCAGUAUGUAGACUAUGCCUUCAUGGCCUUCUUCUUGGUAGAGGUGGUCUUGCGCAUGGUGGUCCACAGGGCAUACUUCUUUGCCAACGACAACGCUGGGUGGAACGUCAUGGACCUGGUCCUCGUCAUUUUCAGCAUGUGCGAGCAGAUCAUCAGCUGGUCCGCUGGUCGCGACGGCAACGGCACGGUCCUGUACCUGCGGGUGCUGCGGCUCUGCAAGUUCGCCCGGGUCUUGCGGAGUCUCAAGGUGAUCACGGCCUUCCGCGAGCUGGCGAUGAUGAUGGAGAGCUUCCGGUCCUGCUUGGCGGCCAUGUUCUGGAGCCUGGUGCUGCUCAUCUUCCUGGUCUUCGUGUGCGCGCUGCUCUUUGCGCAGGGGGUGUCGGACGGCCUGGCAGCCGCAGAAGUCAACUCGGAGAUGGAGACCGUGGUGAAGGAUCACUUUGGUUCGGUCUCGCUGUCCAUGCUGUCCUUGUACAUGGCGGUGACCGGAGGCAACGACUGGUCGCUGUACUACUGGGUGCUGCAGGAGCUUGGCAGCGUCUACCACUUCCUGUUCAUCGGGUACACAUUUUUCUUCGCCUUUGCCAUCUUCAACAUACUUACGGGGAUCUUCGUCGAGCGCGCCGUCGCAGCAUCCCUGCCCGACCGGGAGCAACAGAUUCUGCAGGAGCGCCGCAAACUCCUGGAGCAGGCAAAUGACUUGCGGUACCUCUUCUCCUGCAUGGACCUCGAUGCGUCGGGGCAGAUCUCCUUGGAGGAGUUCCUGCGGUGCAUGAAGGAUCCCAAGAUCGUGGCGUACAUGUCCAGCAUCAAUGUGAGCGUGCACGACGUCCAGUACCUCUUCAAGAUCGUGGCGAACCAGAACGACGAGGUGGACAUUGACCGCUUCGUGGAUGGGUGCAUGUCCAUCAAGGGCAACGCCUCGGCUUUGGACAUGCAGAAGCAGCUCUACUACAUCCAGGAGCUGUUUCAGACACUGAGAGACUGGGAAACUACCUACUGGCCCAGCCUCAUGCAUCGAAUGGAUGCGCACAAGCAGACCCUGUGAGCGAAGCAGCUCACAAGGUCUUGCGCCUUUGUAGGACGUUUUAGAUGGUGGCCCCUCCGCCCCCGCCCUUUCCCUGCA